UGAAGAAACAACGUAAUCUUUGUUAUGGAUAGAAAUUCAUGUCACUACUACUAGUGUCGCCGCCUCCAACAAGGUAGAGGGUUAAUGGAGGAGUUCUUGUGGGCCAGCCUUUUUAUUCCAUUUUGGUUCAGACAAACCACGAGGGGGUAAGGCAGAGAGAGUAUUUCAGAAAACAAUGAGAGUUGAACAAGAAUUGAACCCACGGUGGCCAAUCCAUCAUUGAUGAGUCUCAAACAUUUUUCAUUAAUGGAAAUCGGAAGUCGAUAAGCCCUCCAGGCCUCCAUGGCUACCUAGUACUCAGGUUGGUUGGCUCCCCCUGGUUCUCCCUUCGGUCAUUUAGAAUGCCUGGGUUUCCUUCCUCCGGGAUCGGUUGGAAUUUUGCUCUUGUCACAGAAGCUCUUGCAAUUAGAACUACUUUGAUUGUUGCCCUUCAGCGUGGAAUCCAGUAUCUGAUCAUUGAGAGUGAUAAUCUGUUAGUUGUGAACAUUCUCAACAAGAGCUCUUCUACUGUCCCUUGGAGGAUUAGAUCCAUCUUCCAAGACUGUUUCUUGCAAUUUCAAUUGUAUUGUUUUUUUCUCAUUGUCUCAGACAAGUCAAUACUGAUGCUUUAGCUACUGCAGGUGCAAGGUUUCAGCAAUCAGUCUUUGGGAUGGCACUCCACCUCCCUCUAUCAUCCUCAAUUUAGUUCAUGGCUUGCGGGUGAUCCUGACACCUGAACUCAGACUUUGAGUUCCCAACGUCUUUGAUAAGGUCAAGGAGAGAAAGGUAGCUGCAGCUACUGAAUUAGGAGGCAAAGAGGCAAUUAAGAUGGAUUUGGAUUUGCUCCCAGCCACUCUCUUACAGCAGAAGUUGGAGUAUUACCUGCACCACCCUGGUCUACUUGUCCGUGAAGAUGUGCGCAAGGAGUUUGAGGAAGUGAUACUCAAGUUCCCAGAUAUUAUAUCCCGUUUAAGUGAUGACAAUGUACGAGACUGGAGAAAAGCACUUAAAGAUUUGGAAGACAAGGUUGAUGAUAUCAUGAUAUUCAUCCUCAGCCAGAGCUUGAGGUCACCCAUGUUGGGGUUAAGCCAUCUUCAGCUUCCUUUUACAUUCCGACCAGACCAUUUAAAGAAGCAAUUGAUGAAAUUGCGUCAGUUAGGCCAAGAAAUCCUAGAAAUUAAGACAGGCGGCAGGCCCCCAGUUGCUCCUGAUAAUGCCUGUGAGAGUACUCAAGCUGAAGAACAGAUCAACUCAAUGGCUUCUUUGGGUUUUAGAAAUUAUGGAGUAAAGCCAUCAGUGUAUAAUGACGUGACAACGUUAAGGAUUGAGGAUAAGAUUGAGAAAAAGAUUGAGGAUUUGUUGCUGAAUACAGAGAAAAAAUUUAAAUUGAUUGGUGUGAUUGGGAGAAAGGGUAUUGGGAAGAGCAGUGUGGUUAGGCAUGUGUAUGAGAAUGAGAAAGUAAAGAAAUAUUUCGAUUGCUAUGCUUGGAUUUCAAACCCUUCAUCUCUUGGACCUGUGAGUAUCCUUAGGGAGAUGUUACGCCAAUUCUAUUUUGGAUCUCCUCCCUACACAGCGGAGAUGAUGAAGUACCACCUACUCUCGGAGAUCGAUAAAUGCUUGGUAGGGAAGAGGUUCUUAUUGGUUGUGGAAGGUGUUUCAGACUUGGAAAUUUGGGAUAGUGUUAUAUUCCCUGCUCUCCUUUUCUGUGGUCUACUUCCUCCAGUUGGACAAAUAGUUUUCACAAGUAGUUUUCUUCAUGGUAGGAUCAUUUUCACAAGCGAUUCCCCACGUCGUCGGAUCUUCGACACUUACUUGAUCAACCGAUUCUAUGUUCAAAUCCCCUUCAAGGCCUUGUCCCAAGAAGAAGCAUUGGAUAUGUUCUACCAAUUGGUGUUUCCCAAUACACAGCCUCCUGGGACUUGUCCGCCAGAGCUAGAGAAGAUGGCAAGAGGGAUCACACAACAAUCAGGUGGUCUGCAUUUUGCUAUCCGGCUGCUUGCUGGGGUCUUGCGGGGAAAGAGAAGCCCUCAGCUAUGGGAAAAAUGUCUUCGGCAAUUGAAGGAAUUAGAUGAAUCUUACGGAGAUGAUACAGUACUCAAAGCAAUAUUGCUUGGCUAUGAUGCAUUGGCUUUACCUCUUAAAUCAUGCUUUUUAUAUUUCUGUAUUUUCCCCAAAGGCUAUGUGAUUCCAUUGAAGAGGGUCAUUCGGUUAUGGGUAGCUGAAGGCUUGGUUGAAGAAACUUCAGAGAAAACUGCUACAGAAUCUUCCAUGGCCUACUUACAAGAGCUAAUCAACCGGGAAUUGAUCCAACCGGGACAUCUUGAUGUUAAAGGAGAUCUGAAAUCUUGUAAAUUUGAUGAUAAUGUUCGCAGAGUAGCGCUUGAUCAUAUCAUUGGAGUCAAUGAGCGAUACUUGGUUCAAUCCACAGACUAUGGAUCAUCUAGAACUGCAGGUAUACCAAGUUUGCGUCUCAUUUCCAUUCAGGGUAAGGACAUUGAAGACAUACCAUCAUAUAAAAAAAAUGCUGCACGCUUACGCUCUUGCAUCAUCAUAUCUGGAAUGGGUAAUUUACAAUCCUCAAUUAUGAGUCAAUGCCUUUCAGGAUUUCGACUCUUACGAGUGUUGGACUUGGAUCUGGAAGGCUCAGAGAUCAAGACCUUGCCCAACAGUUUGGGUACUCUAAUUCUUCUAGUAUAUCUAAGAGUGGAGGGUUCAAAGCUAGAGCAUGUUCCUGCAUCUGCUCUGGAGAAUUUGAUCCGUCUGAGAUACCUGGGGUUGAGGAGAACUGGAAUUAGAGAGCUUCCAGCUGCUUCCUUGUUGAAGCUAAAGGACCUACACACCUUGGAUGUAAGAGAGACAAAAUUGAGGAAAUUGCCCCCUUGCAUAUCCCAACUUCUUCAUCUGCAGCACAUAUAUCUUUGUAGUUCUUUUAGAAGAGAAGUCAUGGAGAUGCCACUAGGAAAGGAGAAGGAACAAAGACCACUCCAACUCCAAACACUUGCGGGUGUGAGAGCUACUACCAACUUGAUAGAGGAACUAAGAAGAUGGACCCAACUCCGAAAACUGUCCAUUGGAAGAGUAGCAGAAGCUGAUUCUGAACAUUUUUGGGCUUCCAUUGACAAGAUGAAAUUCCUCCGAUCACUAUCUAUAAAAUGUGAGACAAACGAGAGCCUCGUCAUGGGAUCUUUGGCAUCAUCCUUAUCAAUUGGUACAUUAAGGAUUGGAGGUUCAGUUAAGGCCUUAGACUCUGCUAUAAAAUGCUUCCCAUCCCUCUGUCGCUUAUUCUUGUGGGACAACAACUUAACAUAUGAUCCUCUUCCAUUGUUACAAGAUCUUCCUAACCUCAUGGUCCUAAGCCUGACUAACACCUUCCAAGUAGAGGCAAUAAGGUGUGAUAGUGUUGGUUUCCCUGAGCUAAAGAGACUGUCUCUUUUCCAGCUGAGAAAUCUAAAGAGUUGGAGAAUAAAUGGAGGAAUGAAAAAGCUCGAGUUUCUUUACAUUGGGCAUUGUCCGAAUUUGAAAAAGCCUCUUCAAGAUCUUGAAAACCUCCAUAGUCUUCAAGUUGUGAUGGUUGCAGGAAUGGAGGGGGGAUUGAACCAGAUGAUGGAGAGGAAAGGCAAAGAGUCCAAUGGUCGUUUCAAGGUCCGAAACAUUCCAUUAAUCAAGCAUGAUUUCGGAGCUACCGAGCAAAUUCCAGGGACAAAGCAUGAAGUAGUUUCAGAUGCUGUUGAUGAAACCCCUGAUCAGUCAUUCAGCAUUUCUAGGGCCAUAGAUGUGCUUGAAACCAUUGCUGAUGUGGGGCAUGAAACUUACACGAAAGCAAUGUCGCGACUUAUGGUAGACUCAAAAUGGAGAGAGGCAUUCAUUUAUUGCCCCCCACACCGGAAGAUCGUACUUCUAAACAUGCUUGAUUGAUCAUGUUUUAAUUUAGGAAAAAUUAUAUAUGGACAAGUGUUUUCUGUCCAAGAGCGGCCCUUGUGCCCAAACACAAGGACACGACUGUGGUGCAAGGGUCACUCGACAGAAAACUUAGUCCCUUUAUGCAUUUAAGGUAUCCCAGGUUUGAUAAAUGUACGUUUGGGUUUUCCUCAAAUUUUAAAACGACCUUGAGAAUUCCCUGCGACCCCAUUUCGCCCUCCCCUACAAACCAUUCCAUCUGCAACCCACACCUCACUGCCCUUUCCACCCUCCCCUGUAUCUGCUCUUUCCCUUCCCCUGAAAAGAAGUGAUGGCCGGAUAUGAGUCUAUGGCUAUCAAAUAGCUAAUGAAAGUGCAUACCAAAAUUGCAGGAGUUGCCUGAAAAUGAAAGGUGGGAGAUUGCAAGCAACGUGUGGGAUUGAAAUGCUGUCUUACGCCGCCUGUAAUUGCAGAGGAAAUUACCAUGCCCAGAGGUUAUCUGCUGGAGGGGAGCUUCUCAAUUUUGUGUGGCUUCUUGAGGCACGUCUCAAAAUGGGAGAACACUAUCAAAUAAAAUUCCCUGGCCCACAAAUUUUCGGUUUUUCUCUCCCAAAUUCAUCUGGGGAGCAGAGGAUUCUCAUUUAAAAACCCUAUACGACACAAACUAGUGGUAAAUCAUUUGCUGGUAAAGUCAUAUAUACAGAAACUAAAUUAAAUUUAGUGAAACUGCCUUCGAUCUGUGAUCUUUGUGAACCAAUUUCCCAAACCCGCCAAUGAUUCAAAAAUGUAUGGAUUAUUGUUUGGGUUUUGGCUCUAUUUCUCCUACUCUCUAUGAAGUGGAAUCCCUGCAAAAAUUGAUGAGUUGAAGCUUUACAAUUAAUUGUUUGUGCAAAACGCUCCCGUCUCAGAGCAUUAUUUUUCAAAAGUGUGACCAAUUUUAUAAUUUCUCCAGUUUAAUCA